CGCAUCCUCCACCGCGACAUCAAGUCCACCAACAUCCUGCUCGACGACAGGUUCAGAGCCAGGAUCACGGACCUGGGCAUGGCCAAGUGCCUCAUGAACGAUGGCGUGACCAGCUGCUCCAGCUCGCCGGCGCGCAUGCUGGGCACCUUCGGGUACUUCGCGCCCGAGUACGCCAUCGUCGGCAAGGCGUCGCUCAAGUCGGACGUGUUCAGCUUCGGCGUGGUGGUGCUGGAGCUCAUCACGGGCCGGCAGCCGGUGCACAAGAGGGGCGGCGCCGGCGCCAGCGGCGCGGGCACGGACGAGAGCUUGGUGAUGUGGGCGACGUCGCGGCUGCGGGACAGUAGGCUGGUGGUCGCGGAGCUGCCGGACCCGGCGCUGAAGGGCGCGUUCCCGCCCGAGGAGAUGCAGAUCAUGGCCCACCUGGCCAGAGAGUGCCUGCAGUGGGACCCCGAGGCCAGGCCCACCAUGACCAAAGUCGUCCAGAUCCUCUCCACCAUCGCGCCCCUCGCCGACAAGCGCCGUCGCCACCACCUGCCCGCCGCCGCCGAUGCCUUCGCCCCGGGCUUCCACGCCGAGAGGCCGCGGGAAUGCUCAGUGUGGCAGGACGACGACGACUACGGCCAUCGCCGCGAUCACCUGCACGGAGGGUACGGCAGCAAUGCCAAGGGCGCCGUCUUGUCCGGAGAGGUCACGGUUAACGUCGGGAUGCCAGUGACGAUGAUGACGACGAUGGGGCGGAGCUGGCGGUCGGCGGAGCAGGAGGAGGUGGACCUGACGGAGCCGCGGCUGGAGACGUUCACGGAGCCGCCGACGACAGCCAGCCCCUUCAGGUGAACGUGAGAUGAAUCGAAUACGUCGUAGAAUAGAUUGAUAGAACAGUCAAGUAGAGCCAGAGAAGAAAAAUGUGAGUGAGAUGCAUUGUACAGGCAAGAACGUAAUCAAAUCAAUUUGAGAAGAAAAAUGUGAGUGACAUGCAUUGCGACCAAA